UCUUCUUUUGUUUUCUGUGCAUUACUUUUCUGGGGUUUUGAGUUUUUGUUGUUCUUUUGAACUCUUGAGUGCCACUUCAUGGAAUUUUAUAUUUAUAUGGGAAGCGGGAAGUGAUUUCCGCACACUCGUUUUCUUUCAGAUUUUUUGUUUUUUUUUUGGUAGUUCGAGGAUUAUUUCAAUUUGCUAAUUUGUUGUAUUGGAAAUGCUGAUUUAUUUGGUUGUGCUAUUGUGCUUUGUUUCUACAUGCUACAGAGGAUUUCCAGUUCCACAGAGGAGUGUCAGAGAGAUGGAUGGGAGUGAAAUUACUGAAGGAGGUGAAAAUAUUCAACCUUCUUCUCUUUCAAUUGUUGGCAUUGCUGUCAGUGGGGACAGAAAUAGCAAAUACAUAGUUAGGUGGGCUCUGGAUAAGUUUGUUCCGGAGAGAAAUGUUUUCUUCAAGUUGAUUCAUGUCCGGGAAAGGAUCACCGGAGUUCCAACACCUAUGGGAAGUCUGAUUCCUAUUUCGCAAGUACGAGAGGACGUAGUAGCUGCCUAUCGAAAGGAAAUGGAGUGGCAGGCGAGUGAAAUGCUUGUUCCAUACAAGAAAAUGUGUGCUUAUAGGAAGGUGCAAGUAGAAGUUGCACUAGUUGAAUCAGAUGACGUUGCAAAUGCAAUAGCAGAAGAGGUUGCUAAGUUCGCCAUAAGCAAUCUCGUCAUAGGUGCCCCAUCUCGUGGCAUGUUUAAAAGGAAACAAAGGGGACUCUCCUUAAAAAUCUCAGCCUGCACUCCAAGAUUCUGCACCGUGUAUGCUGUUUCAAAAGGAAAGUUGUCAUCCCUACGCGCAUCUGAUUCUGCUGUUUCAAAAGGAAAGUCAUCAUCCCUACGCACAUCUGAUUCUGAGUCAGUAGGAAGCAUCAAAGAUGACAACAGUGACACAUGUUCUAUCAGCAGUUCUUCGAGUUGCUCGUCUAGUUUACAGACAGGCACAGAUCACAGCUCGGUUGGUUCAUACUCUCAUUUCCGUUCUCCUCUUCUGACAAUGCAGCGAUUUCAAGCUCUUACAAAUAUCAACAAGACCCUUCUUUGUACAAAGACAAAUUCAAACGACACCAUCCAUUCUAGAUGCCAAUCUCAGGAUCUUGGAAGCUUUGUUGCAGAUAACCAGUCAUGGACUUCAGAUCAAGUGUCCACCUCAGAUGUGGUUACAGAUUAUUCAUCGGAGAGCCAGGCGACUAUCAACCUUGAGAUAGAAAAGCUGAGAAUUGAACUCAGACAUGUCAAAGGAAUGUAUGCAAUGGCUCAAAGCGAGAAUAUGGAUGCUUCUAGGAAGAUAAACAAUUUAAAUAAACGCCGGUUGGAGGAAGCAGUAAGGUUCAAGGAGAUAAAUUCUAUGGAAGAGAAAGCCAAAGUAUUUGCAACACAAGAAAAGGAGAAGUAUGAAUCUGCUAAGAGGGAAGCUGAUUACAUGAGAGAAUGUGUCGAAAGAGAAGUUUCACUAAGGAGGGAAGCAGAGAUGAAAGCCAUGCUUGAUGCCAAGGAGAACGAAAAACUUGAACAUGCACUUGUAGGUCCUGUGCAACAAUACCAGAAGUUCUCGUGGGAUGAGAUUGUUACAGCCACCUCAUCUUUCUCCGAGGAUCAUAAGAUUGGAAUGGGAGCGUACGGAAAUGUCUAUAAAUGCAUCUUUUAUCAUACAACUGCAGCAGUGAAAGUCCUACACUCUAUAGAGAAUCACCAAACUAAGCAAUUCCAGCAGGAGCUUGAGAUCUUGAGCAAAAUCCGCCAUCCCCAUUUGCUUCUCCUUCUCGGUGCAUGUCCUGAUCACAGUAGCCUAGUCUACGAGUACAUGGAAAAUGGUAGCUUGGAGGACAGGUUGCUGCAGAAAAAUGGUACACCUCCUAUUCCUUGGUUUGAGAGGUUCCGAAUUGCUUGGGAGGUAGCCUCAACUCUCGUCUUUCUUCACAGCUCAAAGCCAAAACCAAUCAUCCAUCGUGAUCUGAAACCGGCAAAUAUCUUGCUAGAUCAUAACCUUGUGAGCAAGAUUGGCGACGUUGGCCUUGCCACAAUGCUUAAUUCAGAUCCUUCUACGUCAAGUAUAUACAAUGACACAGGGCCAGUUGGAACUCUCUCUUACAUAGACCCCGAGUAUCAAAGGACAGGAAUAAUCUCUCCACAAUCGGAUGUUUAUGCUUUCGGAAUGGUGAUCUUGCAGUUGCUUACUGCAAAACCAGCAAGAGCUAUAACACAUCUGGUAGAAACAGCUGUUAACGAUAAAAAUUUAACGGAUAUUUUGGACCCUAAAGCCGGUCUUUGGCCAAUGGAAGAGACAAGGCAGUUGGCUAAAUUGGGAUUGAGCUGCGCAGAGCUUCGACGCAUAGACAGACCUGACUUGAAAGAACAAGUAGUUCCUCUACUUGAGAGAUUGAAGGAGGUUGCUUAUGCAGCGAAAAAUUCAGCUUCUGCGGUUCAUUGCCUACCUCCUAACCACUUCAUCUGUCCAAUUCUUAAGGAUGUGAUGAAUGAGCCUUGUGUGGCCGCAGAUGGUUACACUUACGACCGCGAAGCGAUCGAGACAUGGCUCGAAGAGAACGAUAACUCGCCGGUGACAAAUGUGCCGUUGCCAAACAAGAAUGUAAUGCCAAAUUAUACUCUUCUUUCUGCAAUUAUGGAGUGGAAGUCGGGAGAACAAUAGCAUCUUCCUUUGUUAAUUGGCAUUAGGUAGUGUUCAGAGUUGGAUAUCCUGUAAGUAGUUGAAUUCAUCAAUGGUUUCAAAUUUCAAUGGAA